UAAGCUGUUUUAACUUUCUUUUUAAUAAAUUUGUUUUAAGUUUAUUUAAACUUAUAGGAAAAACAAACAUAUUGUUAAAUUAUAUUUAAUGCGAGAUUUAAUAAAAUUAAUCUGGUGUUUUAGAUGUUGUAAAACUUAAUAAAGUUUUCUUGUGUGGAAAUAAAACUUUAUUAAGUUAUAAUGCUAGAUUUCACUUUUUUUUAGUAUCCAAACUUUAUUAAGUUUAAUCAAGCUUAAUUUAGGAGCGAUGGAUUUAACAAGCCUCGCAGGCACCGUUGACAGCGCGUGCUUCAACACCAGCAUCUCUCUGCCCAACAGCCCAAGGGCGGCAUCCCGCUCACUGACAGUAUCUUGCGUUGCGGUCAACUGCGGGCCGGGAGGGCAGCGCGUGAAGGAGGAAGGGUUCAGCUACCACUGCGCCUGCUCGCCGGGAUUCGUCAACAUGCUCAACCUCACCGAGCUCCCCUGCAUCAAGAAUUGUGCAUUCGGCAAGGACUGCGCCGCUCUGGGACUCUCCCCGGCGAGCACACCGGCACCGGCGCCGACACCGGCUGGUACUUUACGGGAAACAAAUUGGUUUCAAUUAUAGCUCCUGUUGCAAAAGUGUCAAGAAGAGAAAUAAAUGAUGUACUCUCUCCAUUUCAUAAUAUAAAACUUUCUAGUAUUACCCAUGUUCAUAUAGAUGCUAAUGAAUCUAGACACACAUAGAUUUAUUAACAUCUAUAUGAAUAUGAGCAAUGCUAGAAAGACUUAUAUUAUGAAACAGAGGAAGUAGUACACAUGUUGUUAUCUAUACAACUCUUUGCCAAUCAUUGAUGGUGAUUUAGCAAUACGAUUUGCUCUUAAUAAUUGUCUUAUCAUCCGAAUUAUGUUGGCAUUCUGUAAAACUUUGGGAUGGAGAGAUGGAUAUAUCCUACGAACUAUAUAAUAAUGGUAAAAUGUACUACAGAACA